CCUAAACCCUUUCUCCCUCCCUCUCUCCCUUUCUCUCAAUCAUCCCAUUUUCGUUGGGGCCAAGCGGCGAGGAUAAUAGCUAGGACAAAAUCCCCAAAGAAGGGAGAAGAGAGAGCGAAGAAUGGUGAAGGGAAGGAUGGGAAGCACAGCGGUGGAGAAAACCACAAAAGAGCUUCGUAAAGAGAUCGAAGAGCUCCAUAGACAGCAGUGGGAGAUCACAGAACGCCUUCGAGAUCCUAGAGGCAUCCGAAGUGCUAGAUUGACUGCCAACGGGCCACGCAACUUUGGCGGUCCUAAUGGAGUUCGUCGACGGGGUCUCAUCAGACCUGUGGAUAGGGUUGACUUCGAGGAUCAGUCUGCACUAAAGCGGCGGCUUUCUUCAACAGUGGUCAAGGUUGAGGAAGGAGAACUCACAGAGGAUGCGGCUGGAGCAAAAGCUGCGAAGGAACCGGAUUUAACCACAGAAGGAGGACCUGCUGCAAUGGAAGCGACUGAUAGAAGGGCGUUCGAUCUGCAGCUGCAUGACAGCUUUAGGAGGGAUGGGAAUCAGAGGGAGUUGAGGAUGAUGGACGUCGAAGCUCAACCAACGGAGCACGUGCCAAGGGUCUUGCCGAAAGAUAAAGACCCGAGUUUGGUUAAGAGGAACAGAAGAAUGCUGGGACAGCUGUUGGGGAUAUUAGAGGUAAUUCGUAGCAAUUAUGCUGCAAUAUUCGAUGUUUUUUAUAUAUCAUAAAUCAUGAUAAAUAGAAAAAAAUUAUUUAUAACACAGACAAGAUG